GCCGCUUCUCAGUCGAACGGACAUUGUCGAUGCGGGGCUUGCUCGUGAUGCCGUGUGUGACUUUUCUUACGGGCGAAGUGUUAGCCGAGCAUCGGUUCCCACCACAAUAGUUGCGGACCUUGACCAUGGACUGUGUACCCUCCUUGAGGAGGCUGUCGCUCAGACCGACUCGCAAGCCUUCUUCCUCGCGGCCACUCUGCUCGAGACGUUGCAGGAGCACUUUUAUCCUGAGGCACCCGUCGCAGUGCUUGAGGGGGCGGCGGGAGGCGCGCCUACCGGUGUGCAUGAUGGCGUUGCUCGCGCACUGUGCCUUUCAGAUCUGAUUCCCGAUCACCACGCUGCAGCAGCUCCUGACCCGCAUGUUGCUACUGCUGAGCAGUUUGACCUGACAGAAGGGCAGUGUGUGCUGCCGUGCACUGCUGACUUGUGUGACAGCCUCUGUCGUUGGGUCGACAUUCGUGCUCUGCGGGGACCUCGGCAUAAGGUUAGCAAGGCCUGGCGCUUUCAGGAUUGGGUGCGUGAUGGCGCGCCAGGACGGGCGCUCGCUCCGGGCGAGCGACUGACAUUGACAGCUGACGGCUCCUUCAGUCCGGCUUCGGGGCGUGCUGGCUGGGCUGUAGUCAUCGGUCUUGCCACACCACCGGAUAUUGUUGGCCAAUUCGCUGGGUGUAUAUAUGGACCGGUCCCGGGAGUUGCUACCGGUCAGGUUGUCAAUGCAUAUGUUGCUGAGGUUUGGGGGCUCGUCUGGGCUGGGGUGAUUGCCCUUCAAUUCCCUGCCCGACGGGACGUCCUCAUACGUGCUGACAACUUAGCCGCUUUGCAAGGGGCAUCUGGCGAGGUGAGACCUUGGCAGGCAGCCACGCGCAAUACUGCCAUGUGGCGGGCUGAUCUGUGGAUCGAGAACCAAGCUGCUGCUGCGCGCUGGUUCCCAGCCAUCAUGGGCUGCGGCGCAGAGUUGCGACGUUUCCUGCCACCAGGCUUCACGCUCACUAAUUGCGUGUCCGCGAUGCAAGGCAUGGCCAACAAGUACAUUGCAAGUCAGCCCGGCAAAAGUGAGGCUGACGUUCAAGACGAGGGAGGGGCCUGUUUGCAUGACCUGGCGCUUCGCCUGGGCGUGUGGUUGCCAGCUGCAAUUUCUUCAGGCCAUGCCACGCCGGAUCAUUUUGCUGCGCUUGUGGAGUGUGAAAUCAUGUUCGCUACACCACGGCAUGAUAAGAAGGCUGUCCGCAUCGACCCAGUUGCCAUUCAGGCGCCACAGAAUGCUGACCGCAUUGCAGAAAUCUUGAGUGCGGUACCGGCAGUCGAUUGGUCGACUAACGUGAAUGAUCAUGCUGCCUUGGUGGUUGAUCACCUCUUUGAUUCCCUGGCAAAGGCUUUUCCCCUUCAGAACCGGAGGAUGCGAGCUUCCUUCUUGUCAACAGCUGCAGGGGACUUGCAUGCCGAGGCCGCGCGUUGGCGACAUGCCUUGCGCAAUAGAGUCGCGGCCCUGAAGAUUGCUCGACUCCGAUGUGCCUUCAGGGCCUGGACAGAGCCGGCCGUUACCUUUGCGGGACUGUUUUGUGGCCGAUGGCUGUCCCAUUUGCGUGCGGUGAUUGCUGUCUUGGUUGAUCGCAUUCGGGAGACCGGCAAGGCACUCCGACAACAGUGCCGCCGAGACAAGCGUGCACACCUCGAUGGUCUGGCGGACGAGGUCCAGGCUUCGCGGCAGGGCGAGGUGCACACAGCGCUCAAGCGUCUCCUACGUCCCCGGAAAUUCCGGAGGGUGGGACAGGAUCCUCUGCCACGCCUUAAGAAGCGUUCGGGUCAGCUGUGCGCAAGCCAUUCUGAGCUCACGGAAGAAUGGAGAACGCAUUUUGCUGACCUCGAAGGAGGGCAGCUUACGUCUGUUGAGGACCUUGUGGGUGGCUGUCUUGCAAUACAGUCCCAGGGCCAGGCACUCGACCAUCUCUGCGCCGAAGAGAUUCCAGAUCUUGUGCAGCUUGCCCAGCACUUCCGCAGCGUGAACCCUCAAAAGGCCAGCGGCCCUGAUGGCCUUCCCCCGGCUAUCUGCCGCCGGUUCUCCUGUCAAAUGGCGGUGCUCUUUUACCCCAUUCUCCUCAAGACGAUGAUUUACGCGGCAGAGCCCAUCGGGCUCAAAGGAGGCACCUUGUUCCGGAUCCCGAAGCCGGGUGCCCCUGACCCGGCUGCCCUGUCUUCUCAUCGUGCCAUACUUGUGCAGUCAGUCUUGGAAAAGGUCCUGCACAAGGCGGUUCGUCCUAUGACGGUCAGGGAGUGGGAUCGCACUGCGCCCGCUCUCAUGAUAGGCGGGCGUAAGGGCCUGAGCUAUAUGAUCGGCUUCUUCUGCACCAGGGCCUUUCUUGCGUACACGCGUCGUCGCUCCAUCCCUGCGGCGAUCUUGUUCACAGACAUCAGUUCUGCCUAUUAUUCUGUGGUGCGGGAGCUGAUCACUGGCCAGCACUCUGCGAGCGCUCCGGUUACGGAGAUUGCGGCUAAUCUUGCCCUCACUCAGGAGGAUUUGCAACAGCUCCAGCACUACGUCGCCGAGGAGCCGGUGCUGACAGGGGAAGGCUCAGGGGAAUUGCUUGCUGCACUCACAAGGGAAUUGCAUUGCAGUACCUGGUUCGUCAUGAACCAAGACUCGGCUAUUGUGCGCACCCAGCGGGGUACCAGGCCGGGAAGCAGCCUCGCGGAUGUGUUGUAUGGCUUGCUCUUCACCAAAGUUUUGCAGCGCCGAGGUGAUUUCAGUGCUGAAGGCUGGAAGCCGCAGGUCCCUUGGAACGGCAAGAGGGAUAUGCAGAGUCACGACGGCCGGCGCCUAGAUGUGCAGACGGUCACAGUGCAGGACCUGGUAUAUGCGGACGACCUUGCGACUUGCAUUGUCGAGCAACGGGCUUCUGCUUUGGGCGGGGCUGUGCGGCGUAUUGCAGGGGAUUCUAUUGAUGCCUUGGCUGGCCACGGGCUGCGGGCCAAUGUGGGUGCCAAGAAAACCGCAGCGCUCUUAUCACCAGUCGGUCCAGGGGCUCGCGAGGCCCGCAGACAGCUCUUCUCCGUUGAAGGGGGCAAACUUGCGGUGUUGCGGGCGCGUGGGCCCGGGGUUUGGCUAACGGCAGUCGCCCACUACCGGCAUCUGGGGUCCGUCUUGUCGUUUGACGGCUCGUUGGCCGCUGACGUGCGUGUUAGGCUGCAGAGUGCCCGCGGGAAUUUCGCAGAGGGAAAACGAGAUGUCUUCUGCUCUCCGCGGAUUGACCUCAGCCGUCGUGUCCAGCUUUUUCGAACGCAUGUCCUAUCAGCCCUUCUUGCGGGCAGUGGAGCUUGGCCUAUGCUCUGCAAGAAGGGUUGGGGGCUACUCGAGACAGGGUUGAUGCGUAUGCUGCGUCAGAUGUUGCGAAUCGGGAGGCAUCAAGAACAGAAUUGGUCGUUUCUUCGUAUUCUCGACGCGGUUGAGCUGCCUUGUCUCCAGGGAUUACUUGCUUUGGAGCGACUUCGAUUCCUCGCACAAUUGAUUCGCAGUGGGCCCGACGAGGCCUUUGCACUCCUACAGUUGGCUCCCAAUUUCCAGCAGGCUUUCCGGCAGGCUGGACAGUGGUUUCGGGAGGCCGUCCGCAACACAGGUAAGUGGCGAGGUAUGCUUCGACGGGCAGAACGCUGGCAUGUGUUGGCCAACCGCGCUGAGGCCUGUGCGACCACUUUCUCUCAGGCUGUGGAGGCUGGCUUUGAGGGGCUUUUCUCUGUGGUGCCUGAGAAGGCAGGACACGCGCAAGGCGUUGCUGUGCCAGGUGUCGGUGUUGACCAUUUGCCGCCUUUGAGUAGUCCAAUCUGCUCUAGUCUACUUCAGCAGCUGCGCCAGGGCCAGUGGCAUAGCACUGAAGAGAUCUUCCAGGUAGUGAUCGAAACUAUUGAGCCGCUACCAGUUCUGCAGCAUACUGUCGAUGUAUGGGUGCAGGAGCUGACGGAUGCUGCGACACGUGACCUUGCAGUUGACGCUCGUUUAGCCCUUCAGGCGGACCUGUGGUGCGAGGCUGUUUCGAAUGCUCCUAAGGCACCUGCCUUGUCAGAGGAUUUCCUGGACCCUUUGUUGGCACCUCUCCCAGAGAUGCAGCUCGGACUUUCUGGCCAGCAUGUGCGCGUUGCGGGAGCGUCCUGGCCUGUUGAUUGCCUGACCACGUCCGGGGAGGCGAGGGAGUUUGCUUUUACGGCGGGCCUGCCGACUGUCGCAAGCGUCGCAUCCCUUGCCAUCUCCAUUCCUGCUCCGCCUAUCUCCGGGGACUCCGUGCUCGAUUGCCUUUCCUUUUUCGAGGGCGGCGUGUGGCGUGCUCGCCGACUGGACUACCGGGCUGCCUUGGUGACGGCCCGCGUGAACGGCUUCGGCAUUCGCAACUUUCUGCAGACGCAAUGGGGCUACAAGGCCAUCGGAUUGGAUUUCCUGGGUGUGGAUAGUCUCUACCGCACCAGCACAGAUGGUCUUCCUCGGCUAGCGAUUCGGGAGUGGGACACCAUGACAGAUGGACCUCUGGGCUACAAAAUCUGGCGCUGGCUGCUGCUCGCCAAGCCAGAGAUCUUGUUGGACUCCCUGGAGAACCUCUUGGAAGUGUUCAUCACCACCUUUGCAAAGCACGGAGGUCGACAGCUGGACAAAGAGGCUCUCCUUUGGCAUGUGCUCCUUGCAGCAGCGCUUCAGUCGGUCGACCUGCUGGAUGCUGUGCCGCUGCUCUUGGAGAAGAUUCCGCGUGAGGGCUGGCAGAGCAUGAAGUCCCUGGAAGAUCCCAG